AUGGAUAAGAAGAUCAAGAUUUGGCUGCAAAAACUUAAAGAUGUGGCCUCUGAUGCAGAAGAUUUACUGGACAUGAUCCAUGCUCGAGUUUUGUCCAAACAAGUGCUCGAAAGUGACCGCUUCACAUAUUCUCCGAGUUACGACAUGGGAAUACUCGGUAAAGGAAAGCUUCUGGCAGAGGAAUUUGGUGAGCUGAUGAAUAGAAAGGUACGGUUGGCUUCUCAUAUUGUUGAAUCAAUUCCAAAUCAUUUCAUAAACUUGCGCCAGCUGAGAGAUGUUAGGGAGAGAUUGGAUGAUAUAUCGAAGGAGAUGGGUGAGUUCCAACUUAAGGAAGUUCUCAUUUCGAGACUACCACAGACCGGUAAUAGAGAAGGGAGAGAAACUGGAGCUCACAUAGUUGAGUCUGAAGGUGAUUUCAAUAAUUGGGAUUGGAGGUAUUGGAAAAACAACCGUUGCUCAAUUGCCUACAAUGAUGAGAGAGUGAAGAAGCAUUUUUAUUUGAAGAUUUGGAUCUCGCUAUAUGAUGAUUUCAAUCCUAGGAAGAUUAUGAGUGAAAUGUUGGAUUAUGCUGUGAAGGGCAAGUAUUAUUCGAUGUCCCAGAUGGGUUUACUGCAGUCACAAUUGAGGACAGCAUUGUACGGAAAAAGAUAUCUCCUUGUGUUGGAUGAUGUUUGGAAUGAGGAUCCAGAUGAAUGGGAUAAAGUAAGGAAUCUGCUAGGGGAUGGUACAAAUGGAAACAAAGCUAUUGUCACCAACCGGAGCCAGAAAGUUGCAUCCAUAAUGGGCAGUAGCCCUGCUUACCAUUUGGAAGCCCUGUCGAGGAUGAUUGUUGGACCUUGUUCAAGCAGCGAGCCUUUCCUGAUGGAGAUGAAAAUGGUUUUCCAAACUUACUACCUGUUGGAAAACAGAUCAUUGACAAGUGCAAAGGAGUGCCUUUGGCAGCCAAAGUUCUUGGAAUCUUAA